AUGUCUAUUCCAGUCAUUCUUGCUGCAUGUCCCAAUCUUUAUCAUCUUCAAGUUCAUGUUUCAUAUAACGGCAAUGAUCUUGUCACUUCAUCUUCACCAUUAAAUCAUCGACUUCGACGACUAACUCUUUGGAGUGAUUAUACCGAACUAGCUUUUAAUCAUAUUGACAAUCUUCUUACCUAUACACCUAACAUUGAAUAUUUGUAUUUACAAACGAUAUAUCCUAAGUCGUUUAUCGAUUUAGCUCAUGGUUUGAUCAAUCGACUGCAUUAUUUAUCACAAUUCGUUUGUUAUAUCAAAGAAAUGUUGACUAGAGAUGAUAGAAUUCAUAAUUUAAGUAUUUUACAUCAAAUUCAUCGGUGCUUUAAUCGAAUUCGAUCUAUAGGAGAAAAUGAUGAAUUUCGAAUUUUAGCUACUAAAUAG